GCAAACAGUUGUGAUGUCAGUGACUGUGCUUCUAUUCAGGGCAUCAGGCCUCCCAUGCCCAUGCCACAGUAUGGAGCCUUGGCCGCCUUGGGUAGGCAAGGCCUCCCGGGAAUACUCAUUGCCAUUUCACCGCUACUGCAGCUUCAAAUGAAGAGAAAGAGGGGAAAGAAAAGAUAUAAGUAGCUUGACAAACCCCAGAGAUUCUCCUCUUCAGUUCAGAUCAAGCAUCUAUUCUACACUCAAGAACAAACCACCACUACCAUACACAAUCUCAUCCAAGUAUCAUAUCAUCAUUCAUCUACCACAAUGAAGACCUUCACCACCAUCACCUCUGUCCUCGCUCUCUGCUCCUCGGCCCUGGCCGCACCAGUGGAAGCUGCUGAAGCGGCUGGCACCGCAGUCUCUGUCUCCUACGACACUGCCUACGAUGUCUCUGGAACUUCAUUGACCACCGUCUCCUGCUCGGACGGUACCAAUGGCAUGAUCGGCAAGGGCUACACUACCUUCGGCUCUCUUCCGGGCUUCCCCAGAAUCGGAGGCGCUCCUACCAUUCCAGGCUGGAACUCUCCCAACUGCGGCAAAUGCUACGCCUUGACGUACAACGGCCAGACAGUCAACAUUUUGGCCAUUGAUGCCGCACCGGGUGGCUUCAACAUCGGUCUGGAUGCCAUGAACCAACUCACUGGAAACCAGGCCCAAAACCUAGGUCGUGUUGACGCUACCUACACUGAGGUGGAUGUCAGUCAGUGCAAAUAAGCGCCAAAAACAUUCAGCAUUGUGCUUGGGAGAUGAGUCCGUGUGUUGCGGGAAUAGGCUACGAUGGGAUAUGGUUUCGGGUUUAUGAUUGAUACGCUUUUUUGGGAUACUUUCCUUUAUUUUACCUACUGUUAAUAACAUAAU